UUCAUUCUGUAGAUUGUUACAGAGCGAUUUGCUAUACUUUUGCAGUAUUUGCCUUUUGUGCCUUUUUCUUCAUCUGCUAUGGAGAUUAAAGGAUUGGGGUUCAUCCCCCUCUUCAUGGCCCUCUGGUGUAUGGUCUGGAUCUCCACCAGCUACACCAUCACCAUCAUCCAAGGCCAUACUACUUCCCCCCUGAUCUAUAUCAGUGAUAUGGGGGUUUUCUUUCCUGAACAGAUCCCAUUCUGUAUGGGAUUUAUAGGGAUGGCCAUUGCCUCUGUGGGUCUGGCAUGGCUGAAUUAUAGAUUCAUCUUGUUCCAUCGUGAAGCCUUUGGACCCCGUCAGCCAUUGAUCCAGAAGACCCUACUAGUCAUCGCUUGGUCAUCCUGUGUCAUGACUAUCAUCAUGUCAUUAUUUUCAACAACAGACUACCCGAUGAUUCAUCGCAUCGCUGCCAUCGCUACAUUCAUCUGUGCUGGAAUAUACAACAUGUGGCAAUCCAUCCUCCUGUACAAAGUACCGGGAGCAUCAAGAGUCAUCUGCCAUGUAAGAGCCAUCUUCUCUUCUAUGGCUCUUGCCUGUGUCUUUCUUAUUAUAGGAACUGGGUUUGUUGUAUACAUCCAACUGUUUGCUGGAGAAUGUGAAGAGAUGAUUGAAGCCUUUGUCAAAAUCAUCGAGUGGUCAAUUCUGGUCCUCAUCCUGCUGACGAAUGUGACUUUCUAUUCCUCCAUGGAACACCUAUUGUUCACCAUGUCUAGGAACACCUGCAGCAUCUCCCUAAGGGUUCGGAUCGAUGCCUUUGGGGUAUAGAGGACCAUGCAGAACAUCAUAAGAACCUGUCAUCUGUAUGUUGGAGUUGGAAUUUCACGCCACAGCCCAGAACUUACUACUGAAACAACUAGAACUGCGGCCACUCUAGAGAUAAAGACCUAGAGCCAAGAAAUCCAACGGCACCAACC